AUGCUGUCGCGGAGAGCAGCCAUUGAGGAGAAGCGCGAAACCACGGAGACGACCUCCACGCCAUCGGACCUGCUGCCUGACAAGCUCGCCGAGCUGCGGCGCCAAGCACGCGACGCACCAAAGCAGAGCAGCAGCAACAUUGUGCAGGGCGCCCUGGACGAGGCGCAGCUGAUCACAUGGCCCAAGCCCGGCAAGGCGCUGCUGGACACAGUGUUGGUGCUGGCGAUCGUGGCCGGGACGGGCACGGCGCUGUUCGGCGUGAAUGUGCUCCUAACGGACGCCUUCAACUGGUGGUACCACCACUGA